AUGGCUACCAGACGGACGCGCAUUGUUUGUAUAUCUGAUACCCACAAUCAGACCCCUCAGCUGCCCGCUGGGCACAUCCUCGUUCACGCAGGCGAUCUCACUAACCAAGGCACAUAUUCAGAGCUUCAAAAGACUGUUGACUGGAUCAGGAAAUUGCAGUUUCAGAUCAAGAUCGUCGUCUGUGGGAACCACGACAUUACCUGCGAUGCUCCAUUCUAUCAAGAGUACGGGGGUUACUUCCACAAUAAGAGACGGGAAGAUCCUCAACGCUGCCUCGACUUACUCCGCGCCGACCCCUCGGUUGUUUUUCUCAACCAUGAGGCCAAACAGAUUCGUAUCGAUCAUGGGGGAGGCCUGAUGUCGUUCCUCAAGAUCUUUGGCUCCCCAUAUUCGCCAGCACAUGGUUUUUGGGCCUUUGGCUACGCGCCAGAAACUGCUCCUCGACUAUGGGAUCAGAUUCCCCUAGAUUCAGAUAUUGUAGUGACGCAUACGCCCGCCAAAUUCCACUGCGACGAAUGCGGUAAACGUGGAACAGCAGGAUGCGAAAUCCUCCGUCAAACCUUGUGGAGGGUUCGCCCCAGGUUGUUCGUCUGCGGGCACAUUCACGAGGCCUAUGGUGUUGAGGCUGUCACAUGGGAUUUAUCCUCUCCCAACCUCAGAUACAAAGAACAGAGCGUCCGAAGGUGGGAGGACCCGGAGCCGGGUUCCAAGAAGCAAUUCACCGUCGAUCUGUCGUCAAGAGCCAAGUCUCUGGCAUUGCGCAAUGAUGGAAGCGUUGGCAAUCUGAUAUCAACAAAACAACGGUCGGGGAUUCGGGGUGUUGAGGUUGAUGGCACUGUUGAUGAUGCCAACACCGAUGAGCAGGACAAAUGCCAAUCAAUCCCCAACGCCCCGUCUCUCUCAACGCCGCCUUUUCCUGACUUUGAGAAGGCUAAGGUGCCAAUAUCCUCAACGCCAGAUUCUCCGAGUACCAGCCAUGACGGGACUCGUGGUCAGGGUGGUCCAGCAUCAAGCCUGAGAUCUGACCAAGAAGCACUUUCUGGUCGAGAGGGAAGGGCGGAGACCUGUAUUGUCAAUGCGGCUUACAUGGCGUCAAACUGGCCUCACAAGGGCGGCAAGAAAUUCCAUAAGCCUGUUGUGAUCGACCUGGAUUUGCCGGUUGUGAAUGAGAAAGAGGUCCACCAAGGCCCGCAUGAUGAAGAGGCUUAA